UGCUCAGCUGACGACGCACCAGGCGGCUCCCUUAAAACCAUUUCGAACGUACCUACAAACAUGCGCGGCGCGCCGCCGCCUCUUACCAGCGCUGCCACCCGAACGUUACACAACGGAGCCGAGUAAACGGCCGUAACACAGUACACGAACCCACGCUGACGCUCCAUCGUGCCGGCGCGCGCGUUUCAAUGUUAACCAGCCGCACCGCAACCGCCGACGUCGAACGGUCGCUCUUCGUAUGUUAUUAAUAUUUGGACGGUCGUUCGUGUUUCGCCGGAUAUCUUCGAGCAACAACAGCAACUGCGUUAUUUACAAAGAGUGUGAACGGAAAACGUUCGACGGCAGUCGCGGUCCACCGACGAUAAUAAUUGCCAAUUAUCAUUCGCAGAUAUCGCAGAUUAUUUACUUAAUACAACAUUAAAAUAUAUUAUAGCAUAAUAAUACAUGUUGAGUUUGAGACGCGCGACGGAUAAAACGUAACGAAAAUUAAUUCAUGCUGCUAAAGCCAUCUCGUCGUCAUAAUAUUAUAAUUAUAGUAUAUUGAUAUUAUAAUUUCGUGAAAAAACUCAAACCUACCACGGCAACAGUAAUAUUAUGUCGAGAAAUUCAUCAUUGGCUCCUACAGAAUACCUGUUCAAGAUUUUAGUCAUCGGCGAACUUGGCACCGGUAAGACUUCCAUAAUCAAACGUUACGUGCACAAAUUCUUCUCGCAACACUACCGCGCGACGAUCGGUGUAGAUUUUGCGUUGAAAUCACUAGAAUGGGAUUCCAACACAGUCAUUCGGCUACAACUAUGGGACAUAGCCGGCCAGGAAAGAUUCGGGAACAUGACCCGCGUGUAUUAUAAAGACGCACUAGGAGCGUUCGUAGUUUUCGACGUCACACGACCAGCCACGUUUGAAGCAGUGGCCAAGUGGAAACAAGACUUGGAUGCAAAGGUCUCGUUAGAAGACGGAUCACCGAUACCAUGCGUCUUACUUGCAAAUAAAUGUGAUGAGACUAAAGAAGGAAUGGUGAAUAGUAUUGCCAAAAUGGACGAAUUUUGCAAAGAAAAUAUGUUCACUGCUUGGUACGAGACGUCAGCCAAAGAAAACGUCCAUAUCGACGAUGCAGCAAAGACACUCGUGACUCAGAUUUUGAAGUACACUGCUCAACAUAAACCAACAUACUUAAAAUCAAAGGGUCAAAUAAUAUUAAACAACACCCCAAAUGAUACGCAGAAAAGUUGCUCCUGUUGAUUAAAAUUAGAUCAAAUAAUUUAAUCAUUGUUUAUUCGUUUAUAUUAUUAUAUACCACAGUACAAAUUGUUUUUUUUCUCAAUAUAUUAUGUCAAUUAUUAUAAAUUUUAGUGCCUCAUUAAUAUCUGAAACAUAAUUAUCUAAAAGCAAUAAUCAAAUUGAAAACUAUAAGAAUUACACAACAGUUUAGUUACAGUUAAAUAACUGAUGUAGUCAAUAUGAUGUUUUUCAAACUAGCUAAACACUGUAUAUUGUAGUAGGUACAUAAAUGUUUGCACAGUAUUUUGACCUAAUAAUUUUUGAUGUGAUAUUAUGUGUGUACUCUCCAGAUUGUGUAUACUUCUACCAACUAUUUGUAUUGUAAAUACCUAUGGUAAAAUUAAAUCAGAUUUUUAUUUCUUA